CUUACCGAAACGUCACGAAACUUUUAAGUCCAUGUUUAAAUAUGGAAGUUGAAUGUGUACAUGUAUUGGGAAUGUUAAAACCGAGUUUUCAACCAAUCUGGGAUUAAAUAUGUUCGAAAUGCAGAUUGAACUUAACUUUUCGUGUUAGUUGUGACAGAGACAUCUCGGAUAUGGAUGAAUAAAAGAUGCUAUGUCUGAACAAUGGAUAAGCUAACCUAGUUUACUGGAUUAACGCUGAAAAUAAGGAAAUGUACUAACUUAUCUAUUCAAGGGAACAUCCGAAUGCUAAACUGUGAUAUGCUGUGAAUGGGUCAACAAAUGAUCCGGUAUGGCAGACUCUAGAGAAAGAGUUGAAGAGGCGAUAGCUAACGAUAUACAACACAGUGACCCAGUUGAUGUAGAUGACAAAAUUCAAAGCAGAUUGACAAUGGACGACCCUCAGACCGCAAUCGAUGAGUCUGACGUUCCAGAGACACCUGAAUUAUCACGGAAGAUAGAAUACGAAGGGGAUAUAUCUUCCAGUGAAUGUGGAUCUAUAAGGGUUGUAAACAAAUCGCUUCCUCCAAGACGCCCUCUAAACUACGAAUCCGAUAGCUCCAGUGAUGGAGGGAGUAUGAGACUAAAGGGGCCAAAAACUCCUGAAAUGACUCGCAAAGUGGAAGAAUAUUUUGCAGCCGCUCUUGAGAUGCAUAAUUUAACUGACAGUGAAUAUGAAACCACCGGUGAUGGCGAUGAAGCAGUCACUCUAGGCAGAAAUGCGAUACAGGGGAUACUCAAUUCACGUAAUACUGAGAUAGCCUGCAGUGAAAUAGAUGGAUAUACAACAUUGACUGAGGAAGAAAGAAAACUAAUCAUGAAGACGAUGAUUGAAAAGCUUAAAGCCGAUAAGGAAGACGACACGAUGGUGAGUGAUGACGAACAAAAUCAUGAGGAAGAUAUCAGUGCAAUGGUUGAAAGUGAGGAAAUGACAGUGAAUUUAAAUGAAAAUGCUGACAACUUGCCUGAAUCGGAUCAAAAUCUUGCCACAACCUCUUCAGAUGACCUAUCAUCAAAUCCUUCUAACAAUGAUGCAGAAGUUAUAAACGAAUCAAAUAAGGAAUCAGCUUGUGAAGUUGAGGAAAUCAUUAUGGAUUUAUCAGCUCAACAAGUUAAUGUUAAUGAUACUGCUGGAGGAAACGCAGAGGCGAUUAUGAACAUUUCUGAGAGUUCAGACACUGAGUCGAUACCUCAGCCACAACAUGACUCUGGUGCCGAACUCUCAUCUAACGUAGAAGAGGAGAAUAAAGAAACACUGCCUGUCACUAGUGAGGUCGUUUAUGAAGUAUCUCAGAUUGUGGAAAACACAACUCUAGCUAGUGAUAUAACUGACACUGAUGAUAAGUUAAAUAGUAAGACGGGAACCCGAUCUGUAGAGAAAACGAAGGAAUCCAGUGAGACUAUGGAUACUAAAAUACAUAAAACAGAUGAUGAAAGGACAUUAAAUGGUGCUAGUAACACAGCUGAUGAAAAUACUCAAAAUAAAAUCCCCGAAACAGAUGCAACAAGUUCAAGUGAUGAUGAAUUCCAAGACACUGUUGAAGAUAUAUCCGAAGAAUCAAAUAAUACAAAAACUAGUACCAGUGUGAACAAUAUUCCAUCUGUUAAUGAUGAAACCACCAACGACAUCCAGACUAAUGCAAGCAAUAUUGUGAAUAGUGAUGAAGUAUCUGAUACAAUAGAUGAAAACAUUAAUGAUCCAGUUGAAGAGAUAGAACAGUUAGCCCGUGACCUAGACAAUAACAAUCUUAGUGACGAGGCAAAAGACACAGUAUCCGAAUCUAUACAAGUGAAAAAACAACCUUAUUAUAGUGUGUCAUAUGAUAAUAAACAAGAUGACACUGACCAAGAUCAGUUACCAGAAACAACAGACAUUCCUAUUGUUGAUGGAACGCUAAAAAGUGACGUAGUACAAAACGAUGCACCUACCUCUAAAGCUGAAACUAAAAGAAGCGUGAUAUUAACUGAUCAGUUAUCAGAAAGUAGCCAAAAAGAAAUGAACAAUAAUACCAAACGGUAUGAGGAUUCAGUUCUGUCUAAACUUGAUGCUAAGUCGUUGGAACAAUACAAAGAACUGGAAGAUAAAGAGGCCAACUGUGUGAAACAGUUGAAGGAUAUGUUAUGUAAAGGUGACACUGAUUUAAACUAUCAGGCGAAGAUACUUCAACGAAUAGGAGAUAUACAUCUAGAACGGGGCAGCUUGUUAAAAUCUCCAGAUUCGUUUAUCAACACUGCUGCCCUCUAUAACGCUGCAUUGGUUCGACACGGAGACGAAUACCAAGAGGAUAAAAUACGAACAGCAUUAGAAAACCUAGAGACAAUAUUCCUUACACAAUUUGCUCAACGAGAUUCAAACCUGUUGGAAUUUGACAUUGACUUUAGUAGCUUCCAUAUGAAAAUGUUACAGCUUAUACGAGAGCAUGCCCAAGUAGAAGUCAGGAGUAUUACACAACUAUGGGACUCUGAAGUAGAUAACGAUUUAGAAAGUAUAAGACAUCGUGAGAUCAUAAUUGCUGAGAAAAUCCGAGGUUUGUAUAGCCAGAUUACAAAAGAUAUGACCCAUUUUAUCAGACAGCUUAUUUUUGAAUGUUUCAAAACGCUUGGAAGCGCCCCUUGUAGGUAUGCAAUACUUGGUUGUGGUGACAUAGCUAGGAAUGAAAUGACGCCGUUCUCUGACUUUGAGUAUGGGAUCCUGUUGGAAGAAGACGGUAAUAUUGAAGAACACCGGGAAUUCUUCAGGAACCUCGCUAGAUUGUUCAACAUGAAGAUGAUGAGCCUUGGAGAGACUGUUAUACCAGUUCUGGGUAUAACCAGUUUGAACCGGUACGACCAGCACGAUAAUGACUGGUUCUAUGAUACGAUCACGCCAAAUGGUUUACGAGUCAGUGGCAACAUGCCAUGGGAGGGAAGAAAUCCUCUCGGAAUUCGUGGGGCGUCCGGUAGGCGGAGCUUUGAACUAAUCAAAACCCCCCGAGAGCUAGCAUUCCUGCAGACUCAGAAUAAUCUUAGACAGAACUUCGAGACGGCCAAAUCUUUGAGUACAGUGAGUCUGCUGGAAGGUGACGAGGCACUGUUCAGAGAAUAUGAAACCACCCUUGCAGAAUUCUUCACCCAGAUGUCAGGAAAAAAUAUUUCAUCUGAAGCAGUUGCAAGAGGACAAAAACUACUCUAUCACGAGGUCGAUCAGUACAACAUGAACCUGGAGUCCUCAACGUUCAGAACUACGGGUGAUCUAUUAGAGGUGAAGAAAGAAAUCUACACCUUACCAAGUAAUAUCUUGAACAGUCUGAAACACAUCCACAGGUUGGUUUCCAAGAACCCCUGGGACAUCAUAGAUGAGAUGUUACAAAAGAGGCUACUGAACGAUGAAGGAGCUCACAACCUGAAGCUAGCCACCAGUAUCUCGCUAUUUUUGAGGCUGAGGACAUAUGUGCACAAUGAAGAAAAGCGGGAAGUUGUUGACUACCAGGGUUCAGAGGAAAUUGAUAUUGCGUCAGUGUUGCUAGGGGAACGUCAGGAGAUAUUGAGGCGGUUCUACUUCACCAUGCAGCCGCUACUCACGACGUUAGCCUACAGCCGUGUCAGUAAUGAAAUCCCCCAGCUGAGACAUGGAAUUUUCUACGAUGACACCCACUAUAGCGCGGGGCUGGCCAACAGGAAAUUGUUCCAUUAUGACAAGGCUAUUGGUCAUCUUGAGAAUGGUCUUAGGAACUCUACAGAAGAGGACGCUGAACGCUACUUCCUGUUUCAUUCCUCAGCUGUGACGUAUGACCAGGUAGGGAGGCACAGAGAGGCUGUGGUCAACUAUGAACACGCUCUUGAGCUGAGACACAAAAUAGUUGGGAAACCAUUAGGGAAUCUACAGAUUGCUUCAACAUUAUGUAACCUUGGUUACGCGUUUAUCAGAUUGAGGAAGGCCCAGCAGGCGAUCACGUGCUUGGAGGAAUCCCAGGAGAUGAUACAACAGAUGAAGAGUCAUUUCCCAGAUGCCAAUGAAGCCUGUUUAUCGGUGGAUGCUCUAUCACUCAACAACCUAGGCCUGGCGUAUGAAAGUCUCAGGAACUUCCAACGUUCAAUGGAGUAUUAUGAGGACGCCUGUAGGAAGUACAAGGAUGCCUUCUUUUUCAACAGCAAUCUGGAUAUUGCUUCGAAUCUCGACAAUCUGGCUAGAAUAUAUGGGAAGCUUGAAUACUACAUCGAAAGUAUCCCGUUUCUGGAAAAAGCAUUGAAGAUCAGAAAGAGAGUAUUUGGCUAUGAUACUGCACGACCAGAGAUUGUGGAAUCCCUCAACAAUCUAGGAUGGACAUACCAGAAUCUCAACAACUUCCCCAAGGCAAUAGCUUACUACAUGCAGUCCCUGAUCCUCACAAGGCAGAUAUAUGGUACACAGAGUGCAAGUCCAGAACUUGCCCAGACCUUGCAUAAUCUGGGUAGAUCCUACCUCAGUAUUUCCAACUAUGAUCGCUCCCUUGUGUUCUUUGAAGAAGCAAGAGAUAUCUACAAGAAAAUCUACGGGAAUGAUCGGUCCAGUGCAGAAUUCGCUCACCUGCUUGGUAACUUAGGUGCAGCAUACAUUGGAAAAGGUAUGCACAAAAAAGCGAUGGAAUGCUUUGAGCAAAGCUUAGAGGCGGAUCUGAAGUUCUUCGGAGUUGACACCGCACAGCCGAACAUCUCACUGACGUUGAACAACUUGGGCAACCUUUACUUCAUCCUCAGCUUCUACGAGAACGCUCUGAAGUGCUACGAACAGUCGCUGUCGAUCAUCAGGAACGUCCACAGUAUGUCAGAGUGUCGCCCGGCCUCUUACUGUCUCACCCUCUGCCAAGUGGUCUGCGUUCUCCUCAGCAUGGAAAAACACCAACUAGCCAAACAAUACGGGGAAGAUCUGAAAGAGGAAGCGGCGCAUCUGCUCGACCACCAGAAAGCUAACCCUGAGCUCUGCAUGGCUUUAUCAAAUGUUGGCUACCUGCAUGUGUGUAUUAACGAGACCAAAGACGCCAUCUUGUAUUACCAACUAGCACACAAGUUGUAUGUGCAGGUUGAUAGCCAGGAUCCAUCCCAAAAACAUGACGAUGAUAUCAUGAGCUGUUUAGAUUGUUUGGGAGACUGCUUUAGGGUGAUUGGGGACACUGGAGGCGCCAUUGAGAAGUAUCAGGAGAGCCUAGACAUGAAGACAAAACUCUACGGUGAUGAACCUAAUCCAGAGGUAGCUGCAGUAAAUAGCAAUAUUGGAGACCUUCACAUGGGAAAUCACAACUUUGACAAAGCAAAGGCCUGUUUUGAGGAGACAUAUAAGGUCUGUAAGAAGCUUUAUGAAGGAAAGCCACAUCCAGAUGUAAGUUCCGCCUUGUCCAGUUUAGGGUUUGUUCACAUGAUGCAAGGGGUCAACGAGUCAGCCCUUGACUACUACCAACAGUCCAUAGACAUGAGUAAAUCAUACUACGGAGAAAAGAGCGCACAUCCCGAUAUAACAUCAUGUCUGGAUAGCAAGGGGAACGUAUACGAGACCCUAGGAGACAACGAUAAUGCAUUAGCAUGCUAUGCAGAAUCUCUGGAGCUAAAGCGAUAUAUGUACGCUGGAAGUUACUGUGCAGAUCUGGACUCAUCUCUGAAGGCACUCGCAAGGGUAUGUUGGGCCAUGCAGGAUUAUGGGAAAGCUUCGGCUUAUCAAAAUGAAAUUGUAAAACUCAAACAAGAAUCAGAAAUCCACGAUAAGACAGAAAUCCAAAAUGCAAUUGAUGGUCCACACGAUACGAUCGAGAUUGACACCAAGCAAAAACUCGAUGAUGAAUCGCACGCUGUUAAUGGCGAUACCGAUAUUGAUGAUAAAGAGGAAAAGAAUGGUGUAAAUGAAAAUGGCGAAGAUGAACCAUCUGAAUCACAGUGCUAGAUGAUUAUACACUAGAGAAGUGCAAUGUCCUAAAAUAAAAAUUGUUCGGAAUCAAAUAUUCCAACGGAAGUGAAAAGCAAGACAGAUAUAUAAUAUAUACAAAUAUAGUUUUGAAAUUAAGAAAUAUAUAAUCAUAAAUUGAUAACGCUCUGUGGACGAUACUUUCAGCCCAUUCUGUAUGUUGGCCCCGAAACAUCAGUUUUCGGAUCACCCUACAUAAAAUUGCAAAUCAUGAUUUAUGCCUAUGAUAGAGAUCUAAUUGAACGUGAAAUGUAAGUUACGAUAAGUUUAGAUCAAAUCAUAAAAUCGUUGCAAACCGCUCAUCUAUCAAUGUUUAAACGUUCAACGUGUGUUUAAAAUAGAAAAGUUCACCAACAUCGAAUGUAUAAUCGGAGUUCCAUUAAGGAUUAUGCAUAACAAUUUGACAAAUAUCCAAUGUCAGGUUUUUAAGAUUGUAGAUAAAAUGUAUUUAUAUAAUAUGUAAUAUAUACUAAGUAGACUAAAGAUAAUAUACUACUAGAUGAUAUGAUGGUGUGAGAUCCAAAAAGUGUUCGUUAUAUAAGGUGCAAUACGCGUUCGUUUUUUGGUUGAACGUUAUAUUCUACGAGGGCUGUACAAAAAUGACGAAUCAUAUUCAAAAUAAAAUUGUUGAUACCUCGCAGUAUACGAGUUGAAAUUUCUGAAGGGGUAACUUUGACAACUCUCCUAUCACGGGCGUGCCUAUAUCAAAGAUGUCAGUCCUCGCGAUCACUACCAUGAAGCCAUUACCGUUUUUCGUCAAUAAACUAUUGUAUAUAAAAGCGUUGAACACGUGUCGUGUAUAAAAAGCGUUGAACUUUGAAAAUACAAUUAUUUUUGGUCCACUUGUGUAAAAGUUACAUAAAUGAGACAGGUUAUCGCCUACAUGUUUGAAUCACAUCAUCUGUAAAUGGUGCUUAAACCGCAAAGAAGUGACAUAAGUAUAUCAGUAAAUCAAGUUGUAAAUAUUACCAUGUACAGAAUCUGAAAAAUACACCUGAACAAAUUUGAUGUUAGUCGAUGGAAGGUGUCCCUUACAUAAGACAGGGAAGAACGGUCGUGGUGCCAAUCACAAUGGUAUAGUAGCACGCUUGUCCACUCUGCUAUGAGAUGUAAUGGGGAUCAAGAUGUAUGGCAUUAUUGUAUAAGAUUACUAUAAAAUACGCUGACUGCAAAACUUGGCAACUGUUCCACGAUUUUCAUUAUCAGAUUAUUUCUAGCAGCAAGCACUCCUAAGGAGACAAGCAAAUAGGAAAAUAGAUGAAAAUAAUCUCAAAUAAGUCCACUCCUCACCCUCUACCAUUAAAUACAAUUGAAAAUGAAAGCCAUAUUGGGUGCAAGAUGAAAUAAUAGAGAAUGGAAUGCACCAAGUCUUGUACCCAAGUUUCUGGGGUGACGGGUGAGCAGAGGGGAUUUGGAAAUGCAAGAAUUUUGAUGUGUGAUCAUGAUGAGAUAAAUAUGUCUGAUUGA